UUUUCUAAAACCAAGCCAACCUGUUGAGUGUCGUUGACGGCAGGGUGUUGCCGCACUGUGGGGAAAAGUCGCUGGUUCUCAGUCAGAGAUCCGCCUGCGUGAGAGUAAUUUCCUCGUUUUUGUCGCCGCUAAAGCUUGUAAGUGAGGUAAACAGCCUCAAGCUUGAAGAUGUCGAAGAUCUCUGCUUUGGUUUUGGUGACACUUGUGUCCCUGGUGUUUGCAGAAGAACAGAACUUGGAAGAUGACCCGUUUACCUUUGACUACCACAGACUGCGUGUUGGAGGCUUGAUUCUAGCUGCCGUCCUCUGUCUCAUUGGCAUUACCAUCUUGUUCAGUGGCCACUGCAGGUGCAAGUUCAACCAGGACAGGAGAAGGAGGACAGGAAGCAAUGCUCAGCAGAUGCUCUCCGAUCAAGGUCGUUCCUGUGAUUGCUAGAUGUCAACCAGAACACACACCGACUUCCCGAACAUGCAACCAACAGAUAACACGGAGGAGCAGCAGCGGGAUUUGAUACAUCCAAGGAGAGGCUUUUGUUUUAUUGUUAGAGAGCAUCAGAAAGUAGCCUGUGUGUACCUGCUGGGAGGCGUUCUGGCUGAUAAUUGAGCUACUCAUCUGCAGCCUGCACCUUCACUUUUUGUCAUUUUCACUUCAAUCAGUUGAACUUUUUUUGGGGUAUUUAGAAGUUGAAAUGGCUUUGACGUGAAGAAAUGGUCAUAUCCAACCUUUUGAGAAUUCCUUCUAUUCUAGUGUGAAUGAAUGCUUUUGUCAUUCAUUGCUGAUGUUUUGGUUUAUUGACUAAAAGUGACUUCAUACAAUGGUAACGCAAACCUAUUACCAAAAAGCUCCUUAAGUGUCCACAUACUGUAAGCUGUGUCAAUGUCAACUUCCAUCGUCUGUACUGUGCGUGUAAGGUAAACAUUGAUGUAGAUAUUAGUCGCUUACUGUGGCCAACCUAACCCACUGUCCAUGCUUUCAUGUCAAGUAAUCCACAUAGUCAUGAGUGUUUAGAGUGGUGUUGAUAAUUAAUGAUAAUCUGUUAACUCCCAUGUUUAGCCUUAUGGAGGAAAGUAGUGGAUUGCACUGUUCAUAGAUACAGAAAGAAGAAAUAUUUCUAUAAAAGACUUAUUAAAACAAACAAGACUUUGAGCUA